AUGUCUGACAGCUACAAUGACGGGAUGAUCGGCGAUUAUUCCGCGAACGACUUCACGAUCAAAGCUACUUUCACCGUCUUCCUCGGAAUCGCCCUUUACAACUCUCUCGAACUACUCGUUCUUAUCUUCGCUUCCUUCCGCCGCUAUCAAGGCCUCUACUUCUGGAGUCUCCUGCUCGCUACAGUCCUAGGCGUCGUCCCUCAAUCUAUCAGCUUCAUUCUGAAAUACUACGAUAUCGGCCCACUAUGGUUUUCUAUCACAUUAUCCACGAUCGGCUGGUAUUUCAUGGUAACAGGACAAGCGCUCGUCCUCUUUUCAAGGCUCAACAUCGUCGUCCAAGACCUGACGAUAAGCCAUCGCGUCCUAGCAAUGAUCAUCGUUGACGCUAUCAUCCUCCACGUUCCAACAACGGUCCUCACCUACGGCUCCAAUUUCAUCCGCACACCUGUCUGGGCAAACGGUUACAGAAUUAUGGAACGAAUCGAACUCACAGGCUUCUGUCUGCAGGAAUUUAUUAUCUCAGGCCUAUACAUCUACAAGGCUAUCAAGAUUCUUCGCACCUCCCCCUCAUCUGGACAAGCGCAUAACCCAAAUCGAAAAAUUAUGUAUCAACUCCUGGCUAUCAAUGCUCUCAUAAUCAUCAUGGACGUCGUUCUUUUAGUCUUGGAGUAUAUGAACUACUUCGUCAUUCAGACAACGCUCAAGUCGGCAGUCUACAGCAUUAAACUGAAGCUUGAAUUUGGGGUUCUGAGUCGUCUUGUUUUCAUGGUGCAGUCUCAUCGCUAUGAUUGGCCUGGUGACUCGCCCAAACCUUAUCCAAGGACCCCUCAGGCCAGAGAGGAAUUAGAUUAUCAUGAGUUUUUGGAUCCGGCCCCGGGUGGGAGCCCGGAUCAUGAUUAUAUGUAUGGUGCUGGGAACUGCAAAUCUGCUUCUUCGCGUCAUAGGGAAGUCAUAUGA